AUGGAAUCUAUUAAGAACCAUCUGCACGCAGCAGAGGAAGCAUUACUUGGCCAUAAGUCAGGCCAAGAGCCUGUCUCUGGCGUCAGAGGACAGGGCACUGCAACUGACCCGUAUGAUGCAGGAAACGCUACCAACCAGCCAACCACAGGACAAGGGACAACUGGCAAGCAUGCGGCCGGCCAUCAAGCAUACGGCGGCAGCAAGGUCGACGAGGGCAUUAGUGGUUUCGAUAAUAACACCGCCAGUAGAACCACCGGAAAGCCUGCAGUAGGACAUACAUCUCAUGAAACCAGCGGCGUGCCCGGGCAUACCACUCAUGGUGGCACCGGAAGAGUCGAUGAAGGUAUCAGCGGCGUUGGCGGAGAUAAGACUGGAUACGGCAACAAAGCUCUACGCUCUGAGAUUCAACAAGGAGACGAAUAUUCCUCUGCCAUGGGUAUUGGCCAGAAGCCUUCAACAGGGAGUAAAUUGACCGGCGGAACUACCAGUGGAAUGACCGGCGGAAACACUAGUGGAUUGACCAGCGGAACUACCGGCGGACACACUAGCGGAAUGACCAGUGGAACUACCGGUGGACACACUAGCGGAUUGACCAGUGGAACUACCGGUGGACACACUAGCGGAUUGACCGGCGGAACUACCGGUGGACACACUAGCGGAUUGACCGGCGGAACUACCGGUGGACACACUAGCGGAUUGACCGGCGGAACUACCGGCGGACACACUAGCGGAAUGACCAGUGGAACUACCGGCGGACACACUAGCGGAUUGACCGGCGGAAAUACCAGUGGGAUGACUGGUGGAACUCUUGCUGGAGGCGCUGCAGGUGUUGCCGGAGGUGCAGCUGCAGCUUCUGCUAUGGACCACAGCCACGAGCCAGGAUCUGGCAUGAAGAAACACUCUAGUCUGAUUGAAGAAGCCGAACGAGCUCCUGGCUCAACAACACGAGGCUCGGACCUACAUACCGGUUCUUCUGGAGGCUAUGGCCAAGGAAAACAGACUCAGCUUGGUAGUGAAUAUGGUAGAGAGUCAAGUGGAGGAGCUGCCCUAGGUUCAGGCGAUGUCACUGGAACCGGCGGUGGCACUCAAUAUCAGCACCCUUCAGGCACGACUCAGGGACAUCAUGGAACUACUAGUGGCAUUACUGGAGGUUCUGGAUAUGGCGGCUCCUCCCAAUACCCCUCCGAAACGAAGCAAAGCCAAACAUCAGGAGGAAUGCCAGGUGGAAUCAGCUCUAUGGGGUCUGGCGGUACUACUGGUUACGGUUCCUCAGAUAUGAAGCACGGAGACCCUACUACUAGCCACACAGGUAGCAACGUCCUAGGAAGCACUGGCGGCUCAGGCCAUAGCGGUUCCCAGCACGGAACUCAUGGUACUAGCCAAACAGGUAGCAACGUCCUAGGUGACACCGGCAGUUCAGGCCAUGGCAGCUCCCACUAUCCAUCUGAUACGAAGCACGGAGACCCUACUACCAGCCAUACAGGCAGCAACGUUCUAGGCAGCACUGGUGGCUCAGGCCAUAGCGGUUCCCAGCACGGAACUCAUGGUACUAGCCACACAGGCAGCAACGUCCUAGGUGACACCGGCAGAUCAGGCCAUGGCAGUUCCACGUAUCCAUCUGAGAUGAAGCAGGGAACUUCUACUACCGGCCAAACCGGCACCGGUGGUACCCUGGGCCGUUCCAGUGGUGCUGGCUAUGAGAGCUCCCAAGGACCAACUGCUACUACUAGCAGUCGCACAACUGGUACCGCACCAUCUGGCGGGCCAACCGGAACGGGAGAAUAUAAUACUAAAAGCACUGGAUUCGCAGCUCAGGGCGGAAACUUUGACGCCAAAGAUCCUGGUGCUGGAAGAGAGGCAGACCGUCUUCUGGAUGAGCGCCCCACGAAGUCUACCCACGGCACGUCUGGUCAUGUGUCUCACACCGGCACCAGCCAUGAUACUACUCAUUCCUCUCAUAAAUCGGGUAGCAUCACUCAAAAGGCCAAAGACGCCCUUCAUAUCGGAAAGCACAAAUCUUAA